GAGAAAGUUCGCUGUCAAAAUCUGCGUUGAUAAUUGACAAUAAAAAUGAGUCGCUCUUACAACGAUGAGCUCCAGUAUCUGGAUAAAAUACACAAAAACUGCUGGCGGAUCAAGAAGGGUUUCGUGCCGAAUAUGCUGGUGGAAGGAGUGUUUUAUGUCAAUGACCCGCUGGAAAAGCUGAUGUUCGAGGAGCUGAGAAACGCCUGUCGCGGAGGAGGGUUUGGAGGUUUCUUACCUGCGAUGAAGCAGAUUGGGAAUGUGGCCGCUCUGCCAGGAAUCGUGCACCGGUCGAUCGGUUUACCGGACGUUCACUCAGGAUACGGAUUCGCUAUCGGGAACAUGGCAGCGUUCGACAUGGAGAAUCCGGACGCAGUCGUCUCUCCAGGCGGUGUGGGUUUCGAUAUUAACUGUGGUGUUCGUCUGCUGCGCACAAACCUGGAUGAGGGCGACGUUCAGCCGGUGAAGGAGCAGCUGGCACAGUCUCUCUUCGACCACAUCCCUGUCGGAGUCGGCUCCAAGGGCGUCAUUCCUAUGGGUGCAAAGGACCUGGAGGAGGCGUUGGAGAUGGGUGUGGACUGGUCUCUGAGGGAGGGAUACGCCUGGGCGGAGGAUAAAGAGCACUGUGAGGAGUACGGACGCAUGCUGCAGGCCGACCCAAACAAAGUCUCCUCCAAAGCCAAGAAGAGAGGACUGCCACAGUUGGGAACUCUGGGUGCAGGAAACCACUACGCAGAGAUUCAGGUGGUGGACGAGAUCUACAAUGAUUACGCCGCCAAGAAGAUGGGCAUCGAUCAUAAAGGGCAGGUGUGUGUGAUGAUCCACAGCGGCAGCCGAGGACUCGGACAUCAGGUGGCCACCGACGCCCUGGUGGCAAUGGAGAAGGCCAUGAAGCGCGACCGCAUCACAGUGAACGACCGGCAGCUAGCGUGCGCGCGCAUCACGUCAGAGGAGGGCCAGGAUUAUCUGAAGGGAAUGGCGGCAGCAGGAAACUACGCCUGGGUCAACCGAUCCUCCAUGACCUUCCUCACACGACAGGCGUUCUCCAAAGUGUUCAGCACCACACCAGAUGAUCUGGACAUGCACGUGAUCUACGACGUCUCGCACAACAUCGCCAAAGUGGAGGAGCACAUGGUGGACGGCCGGCAGAAAACACUGCUGGUGCAUAGGAAGGGCUCGACCAGAGCGUUUCCUCCACACCAUCCACUCAUACCUGUAGACUAUCAGCUGACCGGUCAGCCAGUCCUGAUUGGAGGAACCAUGGGCACCUGCAGUUACGUGCUCACAGGCACAGAGCAGGGCAUGACAGAGACGUUCGGCACCACAUGUCACGGCGCUGGUCGAGCUUUAUCCAGAGCCAAAUCCAGACGCAACCUGGACUUCCAGGAUGUUCUGGAUAAACUGGCAGACAUGGGCAUCGCUAUUAGGGUGGCGUCACCGAAGCUGGUGAUGGAGGAGGCUCCUGAGUCCUACAAGAACGUGACAGACGUGGUGAACACAUGCCAUGAUGCCGGCAUCAGUAAAAAAGCCAUCAAACUCAGACCCAUCGCUGUGAUUAAAGGUUAAACAUCACAGCUGAAGAGCCGACAUUCACACAUUCUGCACUUACUACACCGGCUGAAGAGUCACCUGUGUUUGGUUUUGGGUGAAGGGUGCACAAGACAUGUUUACGUCAAAAUAAAAGUCUCCAUUAUCA